AUUCCUUGUUGAGUCAAAUUGAUUGUGCCUUUUUUGCUUCAAACUCAAUUUAGAAAUUUAGCUGUUGAACUACUUGUAUACAAGAUGAGUACUAAUUUUGGAGAAAUAAGUGAAAAUACGAAGAUGGGAAGAGAAAGUGCUUUGUUGGGUAAUUAUGACACAUCCAUGGUUUACUAUGAAGGUGUAUUACAACAAAUACAAAAACUAUUACUUACUAUCAAAGAACCAGCUCGUAAACAGAAAUGGUAUCAGGUAAAGCAACAGAUAGCCCAAGAAUAUGAGCAUGUUAAAGAUAUUAGUAAGACAUUAAAUAGCUUCAAGACUGAUAAUUCUCAUUCUUACCAUGCCCAUUAUGGUAGUCCAAUGUCAUUUGAUGAUAUUAAUCCUAGACAUGAAGUACCAACUAGAGAUCCUGAUGUCUGGCCUCCACCAACACCAGUGGAACAUAGACCCUCACCUAAUAUACGUGGGGGUGUUAAAGCAGCUCCAGCACCUAGAAAACAAGAUAGAUCACGUUCUAGAGGUGUUCCAAGUAGAAACGGUCCUCAAGAUAGACAGAAAACACCUGGUUAUGGUAAUGUAGAUAAAGGUGGCAAAGAUAAAGGUGGAAAAGAGAAGAAAAAAGUGGAAGAAGAUGGUGAACCAAAGUUUGAUCCAUCAGGAUAUGAUAAAGAUUUAGUAGAACAUUUAGAGAGAGAUAUAUUGCAGAAAAACCCUAAUAUACAUUGGGAUGAUAUAGCUGAUUUAGUAGAAGCUAAAAAGUUAUUAGAGGAGGCUGUUGUUUUACCUCUCAUUGUACCAGAUUUCUUCAAGGGAAUUCGUAGACCAUGGAAGGGAGUGCUGAUGGUUGGUCCACCAGGGACAGGAAAAACUCUACUAGCAAAGGCUGUGGCUACAGAAUGUGGAACAACAUUCUUUAAUGUAUCAACAUCAAGCUUAUCUUCAAAAUAUCAUGGUGAAUCUGAAAAAUUAGUUCGAAUAUUAUUUGAGAUGGCAAGAUUUUAUGCACCAAGUACAAUAUUUGUGGAUGAAAUAGACUCUAUUUGUUCUAAACGAGGCUCAGAUUCUGAACAUGAGGCCAGUAGAAGAGUUAAAUCUGAACUUCUAGUUCAAAUGGAUGGUGUUGGUGGUGUUUGCGGCGAAGAUCCAUCUAAAACUGUCAUGGUUUUAGCAGCUACUAAUUUCCCCUGGGAUUUAGAUGAAGCUUUAAGAAGACGUUUAGAGAAGAGAAUAUACAUUCCUCUCCCUACAGUUGAAGGAAGAGUAGAACUAUUAAAAAUUAAUCUAAGAGAGGUAGAAAUAGCAGAUACUGUAAAUUUACAUCAUAUAGCAGAGAAACUAGAUGGUUAUUCUGGUGCUGAUAUUACUAAUGUUUGUAGAGAUACUGCUAUGAUGUCAUUCCGUAAGAGAAUAAGAGGACUGAGACCAGAUGAAAUAAGAAACAUUCCUAAAGAAGAAUUAAUCUCACCAGCCACUGUAGAAGAUUUUGAAGAAGCUAUAUCUAAAGUCAACAAGAGUGUUUCUAAAGAAGAUUUAGAGAAAUAUGAGAAAUGGAUGAAUGAAUUUGGAUCAGUUUAGACAAACUACCUAAACAAUUAUUUUCUUAAGGUACUCACUAUGGUAUGUACAUGAGGUGACAGGGACAAUUUUCAUGACGUCAAUGACUGCUUACAGUUAUAUUAUCUUUUCUUAUUGUAUGUUAUAAAUUUUGCUUUGUUUAUGGUUGUUUUUCUUUUUCUAUAAGAUUCUCUAUUAAGAUGUACAUAUAUCUGCAAUAAAGUGUAUUUUGAUACAAAGUGAUAUUUGACUUAUAUAAUAAUGUUGCAAUACACAAUAUUUAUUUCUUAUUGUAGUAUACCAUGCUCAGUCGGUUUUGUUUAAAAUUUAAAAUAUUGUAUAUCACCACACAAGUGCUAGUUGAUGUUAUGAUGGGGAUUGUGUACCCUACUAUUCAAUGUAUUUCUCGAGAAUCAAAGUCUGUACACUUCCAUGUUAUAAAAUAUAAAAUGCAGAUUUUGGUAUAGUUUCUUUGCAAAGUAUUUUGUAAACUAAAGAGUUGUAGGAAUUCUGCUCAGUAAUUUCUAUUAUGAAUUAAUAACAUGUGAAUUAAUUUUAGUCUUAAGACAUCAAAAAACCAAUCUCUGUAUGUAAAUCUGAAACCACAACUGCUGUUUUAUUUGCUGCUCAAUGUUUGUGUUUACAUUCACUGGUUGUUUGUGCUCUCACAUUAUUCUCUUAUUUAUUGAAAAAUAAAUAUAAAUCAAACUUU